AUGGGUGACUGGAAGGGCUACAUUAGUGCGGUGCUGCGGGACCAGCGCAUCGACGAUGUGGCCAUCGUGGGCCACUCAGACAACCGCUGUGUAUGGGCAUCACGGCCCGGGGGUCUGCUGGCGGCCAUCUCCCCGCAGGAGGUGGGUGUGCUCACCGGGCCAGACCGGCACACCUUUCUGCAGACCGGUCUGAGCGUGGCCGGCCGCCGCUGCUGCGUUAUACGUGACUACUUGCUGGCCGAGGGCGAAGGCGUACUGGAUGCACGCACCAAGGGGCUGGAUGGGCGUGCAAUUUGCGUGGGCCACACGCCACGGGCGCUCCUGGUGCUCAUGGGCAGACGAGGCGUGCAUGGAGGCAUCCUUAACAAGACAGUGCACGACCUGAUUGGUGGGCUGCGGGCACAGUGCUCCUAG